ACUUCUCACACAAUAAUAUUUAUUUUUUGCAGACUUUCUGAAAUUUUCAAAGUUUGAAGAUUUUGAAAUUAAAUUUGUAUGUAUAAUUAAUACCUAGUAUGUGAGUAGAAUUAACUAAUUUGAAGUUAACUUAAACAUUUGUCAGUAUUGGGUACGAUGUGCUCACAAUUCGGAUUCCAGCGUUUCUAGAUGAAAUACAACGUCAAAAUUAGUGGUCAUCAUGCCUCCAAAGGUGACCAAGUCACAGGCGGAGCUAAAAAAGGCGCAGAGACAACGGGAGGAGAACGAGUUGGCGACAGAGGAUGACGCCCUGCCUGGCGAAACCAAGGCGGAUCGUCGCCGAAGAUUGGAACGCGAACGGAAGAGACAGAGUCGCGGUGAGAAAAAGGAAACCGCGACACCUUUGUCUAGAUUGCGACCUUCGCCAGCACGUGUGAAGCACAUCAAGAUCGAAAAGGAGGAGGAUACCGAUGACGAAUUAGAGGAAGGGAGUGGCGACGACUACCGAGAUGCCGUCUUGCGAAAUCCAAUAGUAAAAUUGCAAGAAUCAGAAUGUGAAGACAACAAUGACGCCGAGUACACUCCUGACGAUGACGGGAACCAAUCUGAUGAAUUAAUUCAAGUACCAAAAAAGACACCAAGAAAACGCCGGAGGACAUCAACAAAAUCGAGAUCUGCCUCCAGUAUCGACAAUAGAACAAAUCCCAGACGUAAACGAUCAGUCAGUGCCAAAAAUUUGAAACUGGAAGCCAUCAGAAAGAGAAUUAAGAGGCAGGAGGAGGAAAAUCUGCCGUAUGACGGACCGGAUCUUGACUCGAUUCCUGGCGAGACGUGGGCCGAUUAUAGGCGACGAAAGGACCGUGAGAGGGUCAGGAAGAAGAGAGCUCUGCAGAAAAGUACGCAAAAUCUGGGUCAGGGGAACAAUGAUUCAGAAGCACGCCCAGAUCUAUCUACUUCUCGUCCACUUGUGACCUACACUCCUCGGGAGAAAGUAGUUCGUUCUAUUCGCCAUGAGGUUGACCGCCUUAUUACCACCGAGACUGAGAAAAAGUGGGACCCUACCAGUAAAAAGUGGAAGAAGAAUCGACCCCAAAAUUUGGAAGACGUUUCACCUGAAGUCGGAGAGGAUUGGCUCUUCAAGGAAAUGCUCAUCCAUAAGCUCCAGUUAGAAUUCGAACACGUUCGAUCGGUUCUCAUCACAGAAGCCGUCGAGCUGGAAUUGGACCCUGGUGUUCCAUCCCUGGAACGACCCUUAACCCCGGCUCAAGGUCAAACUUCAAAUUACCCUGCUGGUGAUGAUACGAGUGACAGCGACUACGCCCGUGAUGAGGAUGACAAUAAUUCUAAUAAUGGUAGCGAUCACGAUGGCUCGGCUUGCAACUCUCUCGAAGUCGUCAUGGUCAAACCAGAACCUGCCGACAUCCAAGAAAACAACGAGAUGCAAGACUGGAUAGCCAACACCGUCUCUGCGGCCGACGACGACUUGACCAAUUCCCACACCACUUCCGGAUUCCAACCAAAGCAUCGAAUCCAUACUAUCAGGAAACAAGAACGCGCCACCCAACUUGAAUUACAACUUGAAUUAUGCCGUGCCCGCUGGAUGGAGGAAAAACCGGACGACUCCCAAAGUCGUGACUUGAUUGACAUCGAACGUCAAAGCCUCAUUGACCAAGUUAUCCUCGAAAAGAAGGAGCUUAUCAAACACGCAGAAGUCUGGCUUAGUCAAAAGAGAGAACUUUACAGCAAGGAAUCUCUCACCGAGAGGAGCGCCCGGAUCGCGGCUCGCUUAAAAGAUAACGAACCACAAAGUCAGAAGGAUAAGACGCAAGCGACCAAGGUCGGGAAGACCUCAACCCCAAAUGCGACAGCCUCCUUUCAGCUCACCCCGGAAGAAAAAAAGUCACGUCAUGCAGAAAUCUUCCGAAUACGAUGCCGCAUGGAGAAAAAAGAGUAUGAAAUCCACACUAGCCUCGUUGCCACUCAGAAUCCGACCGAAUUCUCCAACACACUGACGCACCCAGACCAUCAACCGGUCAUCCAAUACUGGACAUUGGCCGCGGAAUCGAGCAGAGCUAAAGUUAGGGAAGAAAUAAUUAAGUAUCGUAAAAUGUUGGGAAGAUUUCUCACUUUGACGAAAACAAGCAAGAUCAGUUACAACAUGUCGUCGUCAGCGGUUCAGGUCGUGGAAUCCUCGGCAACCACAAACUUCAAAGAAUUCCACACUUUUCUGGGAGAAUUUGGAUCGAUUGUUGGUAAACAUUUGGAAGAUAGACGAUUCUACAUGACACGGAGGGCCAAGAAAUACAACGAGCUCAGUUUGGAGGCCAGAUUUAAAGAGAAUUUGCGUCACAAGGAGCGUAAAGCGAAGGUGCGUGGGGGUGGCGUUAUCUCGGCAGAGGAUCGCGCUAAAUUUGACGCCGAACGCGCGGCCGGUGUGGUCGCAUGGGAAGCGAAAAUGAGGGAGAGAGCAUUUAAAAAGCAGUUCAAGGAGGCCAACAGGGCUAUCAAAGGCCCGAGAAGAAGGCGGAUAAAGAAAAGUCCGUCGACAUCGAUGGCGACGACGUCAGUUCCGUCAAGAAAGAAGACGACACUAAAUACAAAACAAACUGCAAAUUUCCUCCCUACAUAUAUUCCCCCACAACAACAGCAAAGUCGAUAUCAUGUCGACAACGACGACGAUAGUGACGACGACUGGACGCCUAACGCCGGCUCGUACUCUCCUCCACCGCAAGAUGAUGAUAACUACCUCAACCAAAACCAAUACGUCCAGCAACAGCAGCCGCAGCAUCGCGCCUAUCAGCACUUUAUGGGGGCUGCGAGUCCGGCUCGAUAUGAAUUGGGACAGGUCCAAGUUGAUGGAUGGGUAGCCUUAUCAACACCACAACACGGUUAUCACCAAGAACAAGCUAAUUCGUCCUACCCGUCGAUAUCUGGCAAUUAUCAGCAACACUUGUCCACCAUUAACACAAACGACUGGUCAUCUAACGUCGCCUAUCGAAACGUCGCCGAUGCUUAUUCCUCUCACGCCUCUUCGCAACCCAAAAAUACCAAACGGAAGCCGGGCCGUCCUCGUGGGUCGAGUUAUAAAUCUCGCUCCACCAAGUUGGUCAAAGAUUCGCUGAAACGCUGUCGACGAAAACACCCUCCGAAUACUGACUAUUGGGGGAAUCGAGCCAGGAAGGCGAGCAAGGCACGAAAGGCUACUCUUGGUCCCCCACCUCCAGUAGACCCACCUCCACCUGAGACAGUUUGCCCACUGGAACGCUCAGUCCAGAAGAUGCUGGAAACGAAACUCCCAGAAAAUGUGACCAAUCUCUGUCCAAAAUGUCCCCACUGUGAUAAAGUCUUUAGUGAAGAGGCCGCUUUCAAGGCACAUUUGAAAAAGAGACAUCCCGAACCGGAAGUGGAAAAGAAGAAGACAAAGGAUGAGAAAUCGAAAAAGAAGGACAAGAAACCGCAACCGAGCUACCAGUCGAAAGAGAAGCUUACCUGUCCUAUCUGCGAUUUCGUCUACACUGACAGGGGUCGUCUCUGUGAGCAUUUGUUUUCGAACCACUGGGUCAAAAAUGAAGUCAAAUAUGUGUGCCCGUUCAGCGCCCGCGUUGGGAAGCAGGUUGACCUAAAGUGUAACAAUUUGCUAUUCGGGAAGUUCAGCCUAUCAAACCAUUUUAAGAGGAAGCAUCCCGAGGCAACGAAACAGUGGUACUUGACCCUUGACUCACGCAGCACAACGGGUCGUUCCUCUUUGUUUGUGUGCCUUGAAUGUGACCACGAUUGCAAGUCCUUCUCCACCCUCAUCGACCACUACGUGUCGACGCAUGACCAUUUACGAUGGGAGUGUGAGCACUGUGGCGUCUUGUUGAGGAGAAGGGAGCAGCUGGAUGAUCAUGUCGCCCUUUUCCAUCCUCAUGACCAUCCUGGAGUCGAAAACUCGAAAAGUGACGCUCCGCUUAACAUUUCGAUUUUAAAUGUCCACAAGUGUGCUACAUGUCUGUCUGAAUUUUCGUCACUGGAAUGGCUACAAAAUCAUGUCAAAAAAGGUCAUAGAUUUAUCGCUGAUGAGGAGGGAGCAGAAAAUUCACAGCUUGAAGAAUGUGAUUCGAGCCGGACUUGCUUCUGGUGUAGGAAAGAGUUCAAGUCGGGUUCUGAGUUGGUGGAUCAUAUAGAACAAUGUCAUCCUAAUGAGCCGCCUGUAUCGAAGGCGAUGGAGCCGGAAAUGUAUCACUGUGCGGAACCUUACAAAUGCGAACUCUGUGCAAAAUCGUUCCUAACUUUGGCCCGGUUGAGAAAGCACUGCCUCGACGAUCAUGAUCUCGCUAAAUAUUUCGAAGUCGUAAAAGAUAAGAUUUCGAUCCCCCCGUCGACAUCUAAUCAUACCCAUCAAGAAGAGCAGCACGCAUCCACCAAACAUUCCACCCACAGCAUUACAUCCUCUUCCUCCUCCCUCUGUCAACUUUGCCACUUUACGACAUCUCACUCCUUCCACCAGGUCCACCUCGUCUACGACCAAGUCAUGAAACGUUACUGCCAAAUUUGUCAAAGAAUUUUAACCAGCAAGGCGAUGUUGAUUCUCCACAUGAACGCUGUCCAUUCCACCCCCCUCAACGCCCUCGUCAUCCCCUCCGCCACUGGAAUAGUAGAUGAUACGACCUUGCAUGACCCCAAUGAUCCCCCCACUUCUUGUCCCGAAUGCCCAAAAAUCUUCACCGCUUCCCAGUUUCAUCAUUACCAUUCCUUCCAUGCACAAGGAGCCUUGGCCUGUCCGCACUGUCCGAGUUUAUUCGUGACACGAGAGAUGCGGACAAAACACGUCAAAGAAGAACAUAAUCCAGCCAAAAAGGUCAUAACCCCAGAAAUUUUGGAAUCAUUGAUACACGCCACAGAGGUCGAGCAUAGCGGAAAGUCCGUCACCAUUUACACCUGUAAAGUAUGCAUGAAAAACUACAAGAGUAAAGAAUUCGUCGUCACUCACAUUCAAGAAGCGCACAAAAACAACGCCUUCACUAGGGUGAUGUGUCCUCAGUGCAAUACUACAUUCCAGUACGCCCAUUCUUUAGAGCGUCAUAUUAAAUCGGCUCACAGCGAGGAGGGGAUGAAGAGGUUUAAAUGUCCGGCGUGUCCAAAAACGAUUACGACCAUGGCGCAGAUUAAACGGCACGUGAAACAAUUUCAUCCUGAGGUUAACUUCGAUCCCGAAAAGAUUGAGACGGUGAACAUUGCCGAGGAGGGUCUAAAAAAUGGGAAACGUUUCCUCUGCAAUAUUUGUACGCAGGAUUUUUCGACGGAGGACGGGCUAAAGUCGCACAUCACUGGGAAGCAUUUUCCUAUCCACUUCACCUCCUUUUGUGACCACUGUGGCCUCCAGAUUAGUCAGAAGAGGAAGAAGUGGCACAUGUGGAAAUAUCACGGCGUGGCAAUUAAUAAGAGGCACGAUGUGGCAAAAACGAGCAAGGCCAGGACUCAAGUCAGCUCUGUGUUUGAGCUAUUGGACAUGUUGCAGAAAAUAUACGUCAAGACUUCUUCCUCGACCGGAUAUCGGAAGCGAACCAGGGUUGCUAGAGAAGAAGAGGAAAUCAGUGAAAACGAUGAAGGACAAGAAUCCGAGGAUGAAGAUGAUGAUGAACAAUCUUUCGACGAAUCGAAUGAAGACGAAGAUUACAACCAGAAGUCACGCCGUCGAUCUGCACGAAGUAAGCCUAAACGGAAACCAGUCUCUCCCAAGAAAAGCAGCACCCGAUCUCGUCGUACAACCAGUACCACCAAAUCCUCCGUGUAUUACAUUGACGAUUCUUCUUCAUUGGAUGAUAAGGAUGAAUCUGAAUUUUCUCACGUGGGCGACUCUGACGAAGAUGACGAAGAUAACCAAGUCUCACUGAAAAGGUUGUUCAUCAAUCCGAACAAGAGUAAACGGCGUGGGGGAAUAUCAUCAUCAAAUCCUGAACCCUCGAAAAGAGCGUUAGAUUUGUUAGGAGGUAGAUUUAUUGGUAUCGCGCUAGAACGGUGUGAUGCUACAAAUUGAAUUUUGAUUAAAAAUAGAGUUACAAAAGUUCAGUAACAAAACUUGUCUUGAAUUCAAAAUUAUUUUAUUUUAACAAAUCAAUAAAUAAAUGGAUUCCUGAUUCAAUACAA